AUGGAUAAAUUGACCGUGAUAUCAGGAUGUCUGUUCCUCGCCGCAGAAGUCUUCGCCAUCGCCAGCAUCGCGAAUCCUGACUGGAUCAGCACCGGAGAGUCAGCCGGGUCUUUGACUGUCGGUCUGGUCCGACAAUGCCAGACCAUCCAUGGCCGAGAUCGGACUUGCAUCCCUCCGCAUAUGCCCCCAGAGUGGGUCACCACCCUCUUCUUCAUCGUACUUGGCGUCCUUUCGCUGACUGUCACUUGCUUUCUGCUGGUCCUGUCCCACUGGCGCCGGGAGGUCAUUCGAUACGCGCGCUGGAUCGCUUUCACGGGGUUGGUCCUGUUCUGUAUGGCCGCCCUCAUUUUCCCCAUUGGCUUCUACGUCAGUGAAGUUGGAGGACAGCCAUACAAGCUGCCUAACAACACAGGAGUGGGUUCCUCCUAUGUUCUUUUUGUUCUGUCCAUAUUUUUCACCAUUGUCGGCCUGCUGUUCGCCGGAAAGGUUUGCUUACCCGGCUGA